AUGAACAUCCUAUUCAUAGAGGCUUUGGAACAGAUGCAAACUUAUCGGAAGUUCAUGAAAGAUAUUCUAUCCAAGAACAGUAAGUUAGAAGAAUUAGAGAUGGUAGCACUUAAUGAAGAGUGCAUCACAGUCCUGCAAAAGAAACUACCACCCAAGCUAAAAGAUUCGGGUAGUUUCAACAUUCGAUGCUCGAUAGGGGGUUCGAUACAAACAAAAGCUUUAUGUGAUCUGGGAGCUAGUAUCAACUUAAUGCCCCUAUCAAUGUUCAAAAGAUUAAAAUUAGGAGAAGCCAAGGCCAUCACAGUAACUUUACAAAUGACAGAUCUUUCUUUGACUCAUCCUCAGGGUAUAAUUGAAGAUGUUUUGGUAAAUUUUGGUAAGUUCAUCUUCCCUACUGAUUUCUUAAUACUUGACAUGGAGGAAUAUCAGAAUAUUCCUAUCAUUUUGGGGAGACCAUUCCUAGCAACAGGAAGAGCAUUAAUUGAUGUACAGAAGGGGGAGUUAAAGCUGCGUGCUCAAAAGGAAGAAGAAACUUUCAAGGUAUUUAUCGCAACUGAAAUUCCUACUUGUAGUCGACUGGAAGUUGUAAGGGAUGGUUGA